AUGUCUGAGAAGGCAAAGCUUUGUGUGAUUUUUGAUAAGCAUGAUAUUCGCAAGCUGCUAUUACCUUCUGGAAUUCCAGAUACAGUUCAAGAAUUGGAUUCAAUAAUUAGAGAGACAUUUCAGACACAAGGAAACUUUACUCUCCAGUACAAAGAUGCUAAAUUUGGAGAAUUCUUCUCUUUAACCACAACAGCAGAAAUCAAAAACAAAUACACUAUCAAAGUAGUAUUUGUAAACCCAGUAAUUUUAACUUUCUCUGAGAUUGACCAAAUCAAGAAUACCUCUCCACCCUCAGAUGUCUCAUCAAUUGCCUCUUCAGUCUCUUCAUCAGCUGACACAUUACUGCUGUCUUCUCCAGAGAGCCAUGGAACUCUUCUAAUCAAUCCAAGUAUUAAAUCUAAAAUUCUUGAAAUAUUGGCUGAAAAUAUUUAUCAAUAUUGUGCUUAUCCAACAAGCACUCAGAUCAGUGCUGGUGCUGAGGCAUUAAUCCAAAAGCAUCCCUGCUUGAGAGAGCCAGGUUCAUACUCUGGACACUGUGGAUGGCAAACAUGGCUGAAAUACAAGAUGGCAAACUACAGGACCAAACUGAGGAGCCUUGGUUGCCCAGAGCUAGCUGUGAACUCUGUCAAGAAUAGAGAAUCCUUGCAGACUCUGGAAAAUGAGAGGAUUGCCCUACUGAGUGAAGUCAGGAAAAAGGAUAAUUGGAAUAUCGUCAAUGAAACAAUGGCUAAGAACUUUUCCUAUAGAAGGCAGGAGACUAUCAAACAUGAAUUCAAAAGAAUAACCACUAUCGAUCUAGAAGUAACAUUUAUGGCAAAUCUGGACAAGUACACUUCUGUACAGGUUGGUUUGUCAUGUUCCAUGCUACUUGGCUUGGUAUAUGUAGUGAACCUGAGUUAUCCCAAACAACUCAGGUAA